AUGGAUGGCAACGGUGUGGUGAUGCUUGGCAAGGUGGUGAGCUGCGAGCGCAAGGGCGAGGGUGAUGACAAGGGUGGCAAGAAGAAGCCGCUGAAAAAAAGCGGCAGCACCUUACCCACUUUAUCCAAUGUGAAAGCCAUGGACCCUCACAGUCGCUGUAGGCGCACUGCAGCGCUGAUUGCACACCUCACAUGGUGCACCCUAGUUCCGGCCCUCGCAGAUCACUGCACCGACACUUCCGCCGCGACUGGCAGCGCGCUGCUGCAGCGACGUGUCGCGCUGGCGGAGGCGCCCUUGGUGCAAGAGUUCACAGCUGAGAUGUACCAGGCCCCAGGGCCUGGAGAGUAUCAGAUCCACAGAUGCGACGACUUGAGCGCCCUUCGAAAUGACAGUAUGUUGCCGCUGCAGCUGACGCGGCGUCAGCAACUGCAGGAGACGGCUGAAGAACAGCUGCGAGUGGCCGAGGAACACUUGGCGAGGCACGACUUGAACGCUUCGCUCUUGUUGAGACUGCGACAGUUGGAAGAGCGGCGUUGGAGCCAGGAGCGCGUGGCGCUGAGUUUGUUCAACCCCUCCAUGGUUCCGUUGCCGGAGGAGUGGAGGCAAAGCCCAGAGGAGAGGUGGUUGGCGUCCUUUCGACACAUGGAGUUGUCCGAGAUCUACGACCGCCAGUUCUUCUGUAUCCCUAUGGCGAUUUCGAACGUCAUGGUCCUGGCGGUGCUGGAUGCCCAGUUCCGCGCCACGCGAGCACCGUCGCUGCUGACCCUGCAGGCGUUGAAGCAAUCGUUGAAACAUGGGAAUCAUGGGGACGUGCAGCCAGAGCAGUUGCAAUGCCAAGACUUGCCAGGAGGUUUAGUCUACUUGGGCCCUGAAGAUCCACGACUUUUUCGCAUGCCCGGUGGGGACGUGAUGAUGCUGUACACCUCCCGGAGGCCGAGCAAGACCCUGGAGUGCCGACCAGCAGGUCGCAUGUACAUUGCGCAGGUUAUGGAGGAUUUGUCGCUGCAUGGACAGCAAGUCAUUCCCUUUGCAUCGGAACGGCUGGGCCACCCACCGGCCAUUGCCGGGAAAGCUUUAGGACGUUGGGAGAAGAAUUGGGGUCCGUUCCUCUACAGGGACGAGUCUGGCGAGGGCAAGGAGCAGCUGCUGGUGGAGGAGUCGAUGGAUCCCCACAUCGUCCUUUCGUUGGAUGACGAUUUCCUGGCGGGAUGCCUGGCGACAGGAGAAGUCGUCUACAACAGCACUUCCCCGGUCGUCGAGGAGUGGAUCAGGAAGAAGUUCGGUAGCAACAAGACGCGGCUGCAUGGCGGCGUGGCACCAGUGCUCUUUACUGAAGCCCUGCCAGGCGGAGUGAAACAGUGA